AUCCUGCAUUUAAAAUGGAAUGCAUAUAUAAGCUACACUUAAAUAGAGUUAAAUUUACUUGAGCUAAUAACGCUUUGGCUUUGAAUAAUAGUUCUCAGCAAUAUAUAUAAUAUAGCUGAGAUUGACUAUAAUAUUAUAUCAGUUCUAACAAGAUAAGAAAAAGUGCUAAUAUUUAUUUCUUCAAUUUUCAGUCGUAAAAGUUUUAGAGAAUUUAAUAUCUCAGAAUUUUUAUAUAUACAAUCUUAACCAUAUUCAUUAGUUAAUAUUUUAGUGAUUAGAGAAUAAAUUUACUGGCAAGCUCAGAAAAUAUUUUUAGACGUUGGAACGUUUACAAAUUCUAACAUUUCUAUAAAUGAAAGCUGAAGUGCACAUCAGUCCUUUGUCUUCUAAGGCGCACACACACACGUUCUCGAAAAUCUAAUUCAACAUUUAUUUAUCUAAAGUAUAUUAUCACUCAUUUGACCUUAUAAAUCCAAUUAAUUACGUUUUAAUGUCCGCACAGCAUGUUUUCCCAAAUUUUUAUUCAACACUUUGCGUUCAAAGUUUACCAGAUUUUUUAGUAUUUUUUAGGCACAUUUACGAGACAACAUAUUAGCUCUCGACAAAAAAGAUACGUGGUUAUGUCCUCGUGGAGCGAUAAAUAUUAUCGGAGGAACGACAAAUAACAAAUAGAUCGCUCUUAAAAAUGGACAAAGUCCUUUCUUUUUUUUUUGUGGAAGAUGUAACAAUAGAUAAGAUAUAACAAUGUAACUAACUUACCGCUCUGCCCUCUCCUCACAACCUAACGCAACAACUACGCCUGCGUAUACAAACCGCACCACCGAAUGCAUUGGAAUGCACCCGGUUUUCACGGACUUUAUAUACUCGUGAGAUGAACGCUAUCUACUUCCGUUUUGAUCCCCCCAGUAUUACGAAAUCAUAGAUGGAUAACAUGCGCGCUGAAUUAUAAUCCCUCGCUAUCGCUAUCUAUUUAUCAAAAUAUUUAAAUCUCGAAAUGUUGACGCGGGAAAUAAUUAAAUAAAAAUUACUUUGCUCUUAGCUAGUUUUUAGAUUAAAAAGAUUUUCUCUAUUUACAGUUUCAGUUUUAUGUUAACGAUUUAAAUACAAAUAGAAAGAUUAGAUGGGAAUUUAUUCAAACCUUUAUCUGAUAUUUUUCUUUAUUGUCACCACACAUCACACACAAUACACACAUUAUAUAUAUAUAUAUAUACACACAUUAUCAACUGUCGAGUUUCAGUCGCAUAUUUAUAACCACUUUUUCUACAAUGUGUUUUAAAUUGUCAAGUAUUUCUUUCUACUAAGUUAAUUUAAACAUAUAUUCUAUUAUAUAAUUACAUAUUAUCAGUUUCGUCGAAAUGGUAAAAAUUUUCUCAAAAACUUCAAGCACAUGCAUGCAGCUUUAUCAUAAAAACUUUGACCCACUAACAAGAUAUGAUCAACGAAUGCCACCUUAUAAUCCUUUGCCAACAACAAUAACUUCUGUACAUGAGUGUCCAGUAUCUAAGCUACAAAUUGAAUACUUUACACCUCAACAAAAUCAUGAAAGAAGAAAAUAUAUUAAAGUUAAAACAUCAGUAACAAGGGAUCAACUACUAAAGAGCAGUAAAUUGAAUUAUUUUCAAAGCAAUAGAAACAAUGGUUCAGUAAGGUGGUAUCUGGAAGAUGAGAUUGCAUUGGCAAAGGAUAUCUUCUGGGUGGAAAAACAAAGAAUUUAUAAUGAGAUGAUUGAUAGAGCAAUUAAAAUUGCAAAAAAAAAACAAAAGAGUUAUAUGUCAUAUUUGAAGUGUCCACGAUGGUAUCAGGACUUUUCUCCAAAACAAAUGAGAAAUUUAAUGAACUUGACGAAUAUAAUGCGUAUCGAUUAUGAGGAGACAGUAACAAGCGGCACGCAAACGAUAUUAAUAGCUAUCGGUAUCAUCUCAACAUUCUUCAAGCUUAUGCCGAAUAUCAUCAGACAAUUGCACAUAUCAUGCAAUUUAGAUAGUGUUUAUUUUCUUCAGGAAGUCUACAAAAUUUUAACUGGAAUUGAUUUUCAAAACGAGGGAUAUAAGAAAUUUUACGACUGCAAUGAGAGAAUAAUAUUGUCGGCUAUUGCAUUUUUAACAUUGCCAGAAACAGUGAUGGAAUUGCACAGAAGACUUCCGGAAGUUAUUAUACCAAGAUUACUUAAACCAAGAUCGCCGAUAUAUUUGAUAAGGCGUAAAAGUAGAUGUCCUUAUAAAGAAGAAUUGUUCAAGUGUCCUGACUGGGCUAGCUAUCGAAAUGACUUGCAACGAUGGCGGAAAGAAUACAAACUAUUUCCAAUCCCGAAAGUGAUUUUACCACUCAAGAAAUAUAGAAAAUCUUUCAUUAAUAAUAAAGUACCAUCUGAGUUCAAUAAGAAGGAAGGAGAAAAUAUUUACGCCAAACAUUUGGAAGAAAUUAACAUGAAAAAAGUCUUUGAUCAGCAAGAUAGAAGAAAUAUCGACAAACAAACAGGAUACAAAUAUGGAAAUUCUACAAGCAAAGAAAAUUUGUACACGAAAAAGUCGGAAACUUUCGCUAUUCAGCUGCCAGACGAGAAUAAAAAGUUUGACUUCACAAUUACUGGCCUCAGUGAAAAGUCAGCGAUGGUAGAAUAUAAAAUAUGCGGCAUGCUAAAACCACCUAGAGCAGGUAGGAAGUCUUUGUUGGGUGGUAAGGAACCUCAUUAUAUAAUAGCCGGCGCGUCCGAAGAUCCACCGAGUUGUUCUGUAACAUAUGAGAUCACCGGUGUCGCCGAUGUGACACCCACUAACAGCGAUGAGAGAUUCUUCGCGGUUCUGAAGCUCGGCGACGGACCCAGGAAAAUUUUUCCCAGCGGUAGAGAACACUUGUCUAGGAAAUGGCAGGAGUGGUUGUUCAACAUCGACGAGGAGUUCAAACGUUUGCAGAAAGAAGCUAAUGAGCUCAUCAAGAGCGUGCGAGCUACCACGAGGAUCGUGUUCCCUGAGCCCGUUUGUGAUAGUUGCUGCUCGUGUCGGCAGACUGCAAAAACUCGCGAAAAGCUGCGACAAACUAAGACGCCGUAUUUGCUAAUCGACAACGUGAUGAAGGACAAAGAUGAAAUCAAAUAUAUUGUAGGUUCGAUGGUGUUGCAUUCUCCAGCGCCGAGUCUAACAGGCUCGGAGGUCAACUUGUUGGAGAUGGUCGCCUCACAGGAUGAAAUCAAGACAAACAUCAUCGUAAACGGCGUCACCAACGAGAAUGGCAAGACUCAAUACUAUAUAUCGGGUGUUCAAAAGGAGAAAAUACACGUGCCGUCGCGAAUACCUGAUGCUCUAUCACUUCAGACCAUUAGUCUUCAAUCCAGAAAUGUGCCAUCCUGUGCGUGCGUCAUUCGGCAAAUAUUCAACAAAGACGUAAAUUUUUCUGCAAGCAAAGACGACAUCCCUUGGACAAAUGACGAAGGAUUAUGCAUGGGGAAGAAGUAUAGACCAAACGAAUCAGGCGCAUACUCCUGCAAGAUGUAUCCCGGCGAUGAAUCUUGCAAACGUAAUCCUUUCAAGAAGUUGAUGAAGAUAAAAGAGCAAGAGGAAGGAAAAGGAGAGGAAAGGACAGAACUUACCGAAGUAGAGAAACCAAUUCAAGCUUUAGAAAAGAAGACACCGGAAAAGAAAGACAAAUUUAUUCCUGAUCCAAAUUACCCUGCUUACGACGAUCCUUGGAACAUAGCACGCACUGCACCAUCAGCAAAAGAACUUGUAACGGACUACGAGAAGAGUUUGAAAUUGACUCCUCGUUCAUUACCCGCGGUAUCUUCAUCACUAAAGACGCAGGAUAGGCAAAAGGAUACUUUCUUGUCGAACAAAUUGAAGAAGUUCGACAAAGAAAUCGAUCAAGAAGUGUCUUCUAAAGUUUCCUCAAAAUCAUCGAAGAUGCCGGUGAAGGGGGUCCAAGAAAAAAAAACCAGAGGAAAACAACAUACGGAAAAAAUGAAUAAGAAGCAGAAAAAUGUGCAGGUACCUUCUAAAAAGAUCACAGCUAAUGCGAGGAGCGUAAGACUGUUAAACGAAGUUUCCAAGUUUAGUUCAAUGAAUAAAACGGAGAAAAAACGAUUGAUCUUAAUUCAAGCCGACGAAUUAGCCAAACAAUCCAACAAAGUUCACAAGACACGUAAAGAUGUCUUUGUAAAGAGAAAUAGGAAGAAAAUUAUAACAAAUGGAACUGAUCAGAUCGACGAUCGAAAGCAAGAAAUGGAAAGAUUGAAGACUAUGAUGAAAACUUACACAGAGAUUUUAGGCGAUGUCCAGCCAGCGAUUCUUCCAUGGGAGCAACCUUCUACAAUUGGACCACGAGAAAAAUUCGACGAUACUUCGAUUGAUGAAGAGGAGAACCGUAGAAUCUCCAAGGAACCUUGUGGCUGGAGAACAAAAUCGGAACAGGAGCUUCCAGCGAAAAAGACCUUGGUCUAUCUUUGUGAGCCGGACUACCCUCUAGAGACUGUAGCGGUUCGUCCUGGAGGACGGCCGUGUCGAUGCAGAGAGAACAGGAACAAGAAGAAGAUCCUUAUGUAUAACGUGAGUGGCCUGGUAGAUGAAAAAAAGGAUGGGAGAAGAGUUAAAAAGGCAGGCGGGAGGACGAAGUUGAAAGUUGAGAAUAGAAUCAUCGAUGGCGUCACUUAUUUCACGCCACCUAUCAGUCCUCGAAGAAGCGACGAAUAUAUUCCAGAGUACGAGCUGCUCGAGUCACCGUACGAUAUAUGCGUCGGCGAAGCUACAAAAAGUUCGAAGCUGCUCGACAAACAUUUCGACUCGAAAAAUAUGAUAGAGAAAAUACGGAAGUCUGAGCCUUGCAACUGUAGCAAUCGCAUAGAUAAAAUCAGCAUCACGAAAGAAAGCGACAUUCAGAAGAAAGAGAUUGAAGAAGCUCGACAGAAACUGAUGGAGUCCAAAUCGCCGGAAGAAAAAGUGAAAAUGGCGUUAAAGGAUGCAGCACUGAUGGAAUAUUUUACUCAGCCUAAGUAUGAUGCUUCCUGUCGAAUAUCUUAUAGAAAGAAUAAAAAAAGAGUCAAGCCUCUCAGGUUGCAGAUGGUAAAACCCGUAUGCGAGUGUAAAUAUGAAAGGAAGAUUGUGGAGCGGAAUGAAGAAAAGGCGAAAUGGAAGGCGCGUCAACAAAAGCUGAAAACCUUGAAGAAGCAACCUUUCAUGCACAUCGUCGACACCUCGAGACCGAUGGUGCCAGAUACAAAGUUUAUCAUAUCUGACGUGAAGAGAAUCCCGCUGGAAAACGAUUACGGAGACGAAGUCAAAUAUUGUAUAACAGGGGUGGCGGAGAAUCUCACCAUGUCGUCGUCUCAGCGAAUAGUCGACGGCCUAAAAAUGUGCACACCAGUUGUGACACCGGAACCGAGCAAGGAAGACUUGCGGCGAGACACACCACAUCGUCAUUGGUCACCGAUGGACAUUCCCCCUGGUCCGUUGCCGAGGAAAGACGCCGCUUUGAAGGAAGAAAUGGAACGCAGAAAAAAAGUCAGGGAUGAAGCUUUCAGAAUUAUUUAUGGAGAGGACAAGCAAGAUGUGUCUCGUUUGGCGUAUCAUGAUUGUCCUGAAACGUGCUUGAAGAAAUCGAUGGACGUAGUCGAAAAUAAUUCUGAGCUAGAAAAGAUUGAUACAAGUGUGAAGAUGCAAGUGCCUAAGACACAAAUGAGAUCACAUUUACUGAGCGCGAAGAAAACUAACGGUAAGAUGAGACGUAGACGAAAUGUAUCACCUAACAACGUUCUUGUUUCUCGUGAGAAUUUAAAACAUUCCGAGAAAGCCGCUAGCGAAGGUGGUCAACAAGAUGCGUCGUACAAACAAACGAUCGAGAAGACAGAAAAGAAGAAUGACGACGAUAUACCUCGAGUGAAUAACGACGGUGAUAGAAAAUAUUUAAGUGACAAAUUGGACUUAAUGACAAUCAUAAAGGCCGAAUUGAAGAAGAUGGCUACAGAAGGAUACAUAUUCGCCAAGUUGCCCGAAUGCUACUUGAUGCCACAACUUCAAGAUUGGGUCAUGUACAGGAAAGGUGUCGCUUUCUCAGAGACUGAUAAAAAAGCUUUAAUGCGACAUACCCUUUUCAUUUGGAGACAAUUGGACACGAUGCCGCAACCGAAAAUUGAAUUACCGUCAUUGCAUAUGACACCACAUCAAUUACGGGAACUAACCUAUGACCGAGCCGAAGAGAUGAAGAAGAAGAUUGAAAAGAAGAUGGCAACUUUUUAUAGCAAAAUACAUAAAUCGCGUGUUUUCUAUGCUCGUUCUUCCUGGGGCUCCAUGGAGUUCGGGAAGUUCCCUUCUACAUGGUUUAAAAGAGCUUUCUUCACGUACAUGGCCAGUAGAGAAGCCGAUGGUCAUAUUUACAAAUUAUAAUUAGUUUCUGAAGCUCAAGAUAUGUCACACCAUAUGUAGAUGUUAUCGGUGAAUAUUAAUUGAUAAAUAACAG